UUCGAACGCUCUUCGUCGUAACUGACUGGAUACCACUUUAGUAUAUACAAAUAAGCGUGUUUGAAGACUAUUUAGAAGUACUUCGACUUUAAUAGACGACAUAAUUAUACACUGAAGCGGAUCUUAUUAAAGUGGAUUUUGUAUUACUCUUGUAUCUUUAGCUAUAUUCCGGGAAUCGGUUAAAAUUUUCCACCAACGUACGCACGUAUAAAUAUGAUGCGUAUUGCCGUUCUCAUCACUCCAAGCGGUGCAACCCUUAGUACAGGAAGUACGAGGUCUACAAUCGCAAAUCAUAACACUUUCCUCAAAGUUUCAAACAAUAUUAAGAAAAUGGAGCAAAACAACAGUGUCAACAUUUGCGUUAUUAUUUUAGAAGAACUAAAUACUAAAAUGGUGGAUGUUUAUUUUCCAGUGAUAACGUAUCUCGGAAUUUCAAUGGCACUUGGAGCAAUUGGAAAUUGCUUUGUAUCAUACAUAUACUAUUAUAAAUUUGAUGAGACAGCCAUGCAUAUGUUCAUUAUAGCACUCUCGGUGUGUGAUUUUCUAACUUGCAUAAUAUGUAUACCUAUGGACAUUGUAGUUCUACGUUUUCCCUAUACAUUUCACAGUGAUGUUGCAUGUCGUGUGAUACGUGGUGUGAUAGCUGCAGCAAUAAUCAAUUCAGCUUUCAUUGUGUUUGUUAUAGCAGUCGAUAGAUACAUUCUCAUAUGUCGACCCCUUAAGCAAAAUAUUUCCGUUAAGAAUUCAAAAACAAUUUUAGCAUGUUUAACAAUCAUCGCGUUCAUUUUGUCUGCACCAGCAUUUUUUGUAUCCGGCACACAAAACAAAAUGGUGGAACAAUGUGGCGAUAUUGGAGGAUUUUGUGCAUUUUCUCCUUAUAUAAAUGGCACAAUAAUUUUUUUUCCUUAUUACACUGCUGCAUCAACCGUUUGCUGUUGUAUGUUUAUCAUUCUUUUCAUUAUAUACAUAUUAAUUGGAAUGCGCAUUUGGAAAAUUUACAAAGCGAAGAAAAAUAAAGCAAAUCAGUUUCGUGAAGCCUUCACAACUCCUAACAUUUCCAAACCUGAAGGUCAGUCUACAGAUAUUAGUUCUACCGCUUUUGCGCGUCUUAGAAGGGAACCAGUGCCACCAGCUUGGGCUAGUUUAAUACUCUUCGUUAUCACCUUGAUCUGGAUUAUCAGUUACAUACCACAUUUCAUUGGAGUAUACUGGAGGUUGUUUGUUGAAGAUUUUGAUGACGUUGCAAGUGAUAAAGAUCUAGUGAUUCACAAGUUUUUAUUCUAUUCUUCUUAUCUCAGCUCUGCUCUUAACCCGUAUAUCUACGGGGUUUUCAAUCGGCAGUUUCGGAAUGAAUUACUUGCUUUAUUUCACAACAUUUUCCAGCAAUGUAAAAAACAUAAUAUCGAAACUCAUUGA